AUGCCCAGAUCUACCCACCAUCAGUUGUCAGCCCCGUCCUCCUUUUCUGCUUGGCAAUCUGACCCGGCUUCCCAAAACCCGCCCCUCGAUUAUUCCGGGAUUGUGCGCGCUUCUGACACACCAAUUGGACAAGAACCUCGCCUGUCGUGGUCAUCCCAGCUGCAUCAAAAUCAGACACUCCGGCGGACCGCGCUCACUGGGCUAGGGUCACUCACCAACCAGUGCUUUGAGUUCCAGGGCACCAUCUACCGUAUGGGUGACUGGGUGUAUAUGAACCCGCGCCAGAACAGCCCGUGCCCCCCCAUGGGUGGGCAGUGGCUUGGGGUUGUCAUGGACUACUCUGUAAACUGGAUCUGGACCGAAGGCCACCAGAUUCAGAUUACACACGGCCACCCAGAUGUGCAGGUCAUGCGUGUCGUUGGGAUCUCUUGGACUUACGGCGUCCACGACAUUCGACAACUCUUGGUAGGGAAAAUUCCGCACCAUGAGGAGAUUGCGGUCAACAACCCCACAGAGGAAGCCACUCUGCAAGAACUCCUCAAUGGCGAUACUUACGCCAACACGCGGUACUUCAGUGAUGAAGUGGAGUGGUUCCCACUCACCCAGCUCAUGGUUAGAUUUCAGCUUAACUGCCAAGAAGGCUUGGCACAGCCUUCCCACGUCAUGGACGGUGCAAAGGGGAUUGCGUUUUAUCAAGUCCCUUUUGAGGGUCCCUGGAUCAGCAUCAACGUUGGACCAGGUGUUGUUCGUCGACAAAAUGGUGAAAACAAGCCUCGCCAUCCCCUGGUGAAGAGGGAGGCACUUCACAUUGUGACUGUCAUCAUGCGGCCCAAUGUGAAGGCACCUCAGCGCCUCCACGACCCACAAGGGGGAUCAGAUCGACCAUUGCAUAUGUGUUACCGUGUGGCAUACUUGGAUGAGCAGGACGAGGACGAGGACGAGGACGAGGAUGAGGAGGAGGAGGAGGAGGAGGAGGAGGAGGAGGAGGAUGACGACAACAACAACAACGAUGACGAUAUGCCCAGUAUUGAGGGCAGCAAUGACGAAGGUGACCCUCAAGAUGAACCACAGCAGAGUGAGGAGGAAGAUGAGCCCAUGGGCGACGUCACUGGGAGUGAGGGUGGCAUGGACAUGUAG